AAGCACGGCGGAGGAGAGAUUCAAUGGGCGAAAAUGAAACCCAAAAGCAGAACAACAAAAAGCGGAAGCAAGCUUUCCCUUACGGCAACUACAAGAGUUACUAUGGCUAUCGCAUUGGUCAAGGCGUGGAUGAAGAUCCUCGCUUGAAAGUGUUGAGGAAGGACUGGUUUGAAGGCAAGGAGUGUCUUGAUAUUGGUUGCAACAAUGGCAUUAUCACCAUUCAGAUUGCACAGAAAUUUUGCUGCCGGAGCAUUCUUGGAAUUGACAUUGAUUCUGAUCGAGUUGAGGAUGCGCAUUGGAAUCUCAGGAAGACUGUUAGAUUGAAAUCUUCUGGGAAUAAACAUGUGAAGACCUCCGAACUUCAGGACAAGGACCAUACAGCCGAUUCAGGGAACCGUGCAGUUUUGUCCAAUGUUGAUACAAAGGAGAUUUCAACAGAACAUUCUUCUUUGGUGCAGAUUGAUCUGUUUAAUAUAGUUUCAUUUAAACGAGAAAAUUUUGUCCAAAGUCGUCACCCACCAGGAAAGCACUAUGAUACAAUUCUUUGUUUGAGUGUAACAAAGUGGAUACAUCUAAAUUGGGGGGAUGAUGGCUUGCUUACUUUAUUUUCAGAGAUUUGGAAACUGCUCCGACCAGGUGGCAUUUUGGUGCUGGAACCUCAGCCAUGGAAGUCAUAUGAAAGCAAUCGUCAUGUCUCAGAGACGACUGCUGCCAAUUACCGUAGUAUUAUGAUUCGUCCCAAUCAAUUUCAGGAAUUACUACUAGAUAAGAUUGGAUUUAGAACAGUGGAAGAUAUCACUGCAGGUUUGACAGGUAGCAAGACUGGUUUCAAUAGACCAAUUUUGGUUUUUCGCAAAUGAUCUAUGCAUGAAGUCAGGUGCAGAGUCAAUGUUUGUCAUUCUAUCCAUAGAGAAGCAGGUGUUAUGUAUUUUGAGAUCAAGAGUGGUUCUUGUACACAGCAAUCUUGCAUGCAAUGUAGCUACUGUUAACAAUGAGGUCUUAAUGUGCAUAGUAAAUAGCAGCAGCGAAGCAAAUUUUGAGUUGAAGGGGCUUUAAUGUAUAGAACGAAAAUGCAUACUACACCUUUUGUGUAUUUUGCGUAGUAUAUCAGUUUGAUUCUCACAUAAUGUAGGUUAUUAUAAUUAACGAUGACCAAGUAAUGUAUUUGUUUUGCUCAUAUUUGCAACUUACAGGUACCACAAACUGAAAUUGUUUAAUUGAAUUUUAUCUCCAAAAUUAAAUGUAAUUUGUACCCCUUUUGU